ACCUUUGCCGACCAACAAGAGGUCAUACAAUGCUACCUCAUUUGUUGCUGCUACUGGAUACAAAAGGCCUGCAACUGGUUUUAGUGUUUACUCUGAUCCAGCAACUGGAAACCACGUGUACAAUCCAGGUACAUCAAGUGAGAGAGUUCUUUAUGAGGGAGGGUAUAAAUUUAAGGAGUGCUUCACCAACCAAUAUAGAUAUUGGUUUUAAACCUAGUGGCCUAAAGUGGAAUGGAAAAGAUGCAGUCACUAGCACACAAUUGCAACAAAUGAAAGCAAAUAAGAGAAAAAAUGUGGAAACAGCCAAGUCUUCUUCAUCAAUUGGAUCUUCAAAGAAGUAGUUCAUUUAGAAAUGAUUUGCACUGUAAUAAUGGAUAAUGUCUUUGAACAAAUUGUGUUACUAAUUUUUGAAUAACUUUUUCUUAGGCAGCAAUUAAUGAUUUUGGUGUAUGCUGCAAUAGAACUAUUCUGCUCAAUG